AUGUCGACCGGCGGCCUCGGUUAUGUAUGUGCCGCGCCCUCGGAUGCCCAGGGGGACCAACUGCCUCAACUUGACGUGGAGCUCCGGGAUGAGGUGCCACCAGUGCCAGAGGUGCAGCAGGUCUUGGAACGUCCACCGCGCUUGGCUGAGCUGCGCGAGGUUGGUGCAGGGGUGGAGAAAGGUGUCUCGUGGUGUGAUGUGCGUGAUGAGUCUUCUGAUGAUCAGAUGAAUGAACAUCUUCGAAGUCCCGAUGAUUUCCGAGCUGGAAAGGGUCGAAAUGCGACCAGUGAGGCCAGUACCAGUGAGACUGGGAAGCCAAUCGGAAUCGGCCUGGUAGAGGCGUUAGGCAUGACUGCCAAUGGCGAAGUGCCACAAGUCUCUGCCCAACCAGCCAUGGCGUCCGGGACGGCGCCCUCAGCUCAAUCCUUCUGCAAAAUGGUGGUCCUACCAGUGGUUGCCAUUCCCAUUCUGCGAAAGUGGUGGAUUUAUGCCCCAGGGGAGUUUAUCAAACAGAAGGAGGGACGCAUUCGCAACAAGCCUUCUCUGGAUUCUUCCAUCACUCCAUGGAUCGGUGGCAAAGAGAUACAGCCCAUGUUCCGGGUGCUGGUUGAGGAGAUCCCUGCUGCAAUGUUGCGAUGUGCUGAGUGCGUCAAAGCAAAGGGCCUUUGCAUCAAGAACCAAAAACAAGUUGUGCCAAAGUACGAGAUCCAUUACGUGGACAAAGAGGUGGUGAAACAUGAGAUCAAAUACAUCGAGAAGCUGGUCGAGGUGCCUCACGUCAUCUACGAGGAACGUAUCAUUGAGGUUCCACAGGUCGAACGACGCGAGUUGAUUCGCCACGUGCCAGUGAGUCGAGUGCAAGUGGUGGACAAGAAGGUGCCUCGGCAUAUGCUUCAAGUCACUGAGAAAACUGUGGAAGUUCCAACAGUCAUUACGGAAGAGGUUCCACAAGAGACCUUGGAGGUGGUUGUGGUGGAAACCAUCACCGAGGUGCCCAAAAUCCAAAUGCUUCCGGUGCCAGUGGAAGUGCCCAAGGUGGUGAACCUCCAGAUCCAAGAGCGCUUGGAGGAGGUACACACCACUUUGAUCGAAGAAAGAGUUGUGGAGGUGACGACGAGAGAAGCGACCUAUACUUUCGAUUCAAGAGCGCAGAAAGUCAUGUAA